AUGGUUAGUCAUCUGAUUGAUUAUGAUAAUAACUGUUGGAAUGUGGAUUUGCUUAUACGUAUCUUCCUUCCUUUUGAGGCUGAAAAUAUUUGUGGACUUCCCUUGAGCAAUAGGUUUCCUGAUGAUAAGCUAAUCUGGGCAGAGACAUCUAAUGGGGUAUUUUCAAUAAGGAGUGCCUAUAAAGUAGUUAUGGAGUUGGAUAAGGAUGCCAAUAAUGCUUCUGUUUCAGAUGGGGCAAAUAUGCGUAUGUUUUGGAGGAAACUUUGGAAAAUGCAGGUCCCUCAGAAAAUUAGACAUUUUGCUUGGAGGGCUGCAUGUGAUAUCCUACCAACAAAGGCAAAUCUGAGACUUAGACAUGUUCUAAUGGAUAAUGUUUGUGAGGAGUGUGGGGCUACCGCAGAAACCUUUAUUCAUCUUUUAUGGGAGUGCCAAAGAGCUCGUGAAACAUGGGCUUCAUUCAAGAACUUUCGCAUUUUGGUUCCAACACAUUUUAGAAGCUUCAUGGAUUUCCUUUGGUUUGUUUUGAUGGAGGCAGAUUGGUCUAGUGAAGAUUCUGCUAUGGCAGUUUCACUGGUUUGGACUCUACGGACUCAUAGAAAUGAGGUGAGACAUGGUGGGAUGAGGAAAAAUGGAAAACAGGUGUUUCUGAGGUGUCAGCACAAUAUGGAGGAAUAUUGA